AUGUCCAUGAGGUCGCAUAGAGUACCAGAAGAAUAUGUGCAGUGGACGAAGCUGCUUUAUGCGAAGCCUGCCAGCGUUGUACGAUGUGCUGCUGGAACAAGCAGGCCAUCCCCUGUACAAGUAGGGGUUCAUCAGGGUUCAUCCCUCUCAUCUCUGCUGUUCAUACUGUGCAUGGACACGAUAACGAAGGAAAUCCAGAAGCAGACCGUGGACUCUACUCUUUCCGACGAUUCAUGCUCGCGUCGGAGUCUUGAGAUGAUCUCCAGAAACAAGUACAGUCUUGGAAGGAUCAGCGCAGCAAUAGGAUUGCGCCUCAACAUAUCAAAAACGAAUACAUGGAGUGCGACCAAGGAAGAGGAUGGUUCAAUUCGUGUCAUGGCACCGAAUAAACAAGGUGAACUGUUUCAAGUACCUUGGAUCAAAGUGACUUCCACAGGCGACAUUGAUCAAGAAGGUCGAGCACGUUUAAUGCGCAUGGAUGAAAUGAAAAAUGGCAACAGGGGUACGUGCGACAAGGAAGUCCCUGUUCUACGAAGUCGAAAUCUACGGGGAUGGCGUCCGUUGCCCUUUACGGAUGCGAGUGCUGGCCGACAACGAAAGCCUUGGAAAAGUGUUACACGUUAG